AAAAUAAAAUAAAAUAAAAAAGGAAAAAAAGGAUCAAGAAACUGAUCAGCCAUAGCCCACUGAACAUAAACCCCCACGGCCCACCAAAUGUUGCUAACUCCACCGCAGUUCCGCCCUUUCUCCGCCGCCAACCUCCUAUCUCCGCCGUACCCAUCUUCUCAUUCUCUCAAUUUUCCCCUGAGACCCACCAGUCAGUAUUCCCCGUGUACUACUCGGAAAACAUGGAUUGCGCAACUAUCGGAAGAACCCACCACCGCCGCCGUCACGGAGACGCCGCCGUAUCCGGGUCAGGAGGGACCCAUCGAGCUCUCUCCCUCAGCUCCCCACAUUUUCACGACCUCCGACGACCCUACGCUGCUCCAGACAGCCACCAGCGUCCUCCUCACCGGCGCCAUCACUGUGCUCCUCUUCCGCUCGCUCCGCCGGCGGGCGAAACGUGCCAAAGAAACGAGAUUUAGAUCAUCUGGUGAAAAGAAAUCACUUACUGAGGAAGCUGUGGAGAGCUUAAAAUCAGUAACUUUGUCUCCAGUCGGAAGCAAAUCUCCGCCUUCUCCCAUUCAAGCGUUUUUAGGUGCGGUGACAGCUGGCGUGAUUGCAGUAAUUCUUUUCAAAUUCACGACAACAGUUGAAGAUGCUCUCAAUCGCCAAACAAUUUCGGAUACUUACUCGGUCCGCCAGAUAACCAUAACCAUAAGGACGAUCAUCAACGGCUUGUGUUACCUCGCCACAUUCGUAUUUGGUGCUAAUUCUCUCGGUUUAUUUCUUUACUCAAGUCAGCUAGCCUUUAACUCCUUCAUGGAAGAUUCUAGUAGCAAAAGUGAAAGUGAAAUACCAUCAACAAGAAGCUCAUCUGAUUCGAAAUCGGGUGAUAUUACGGACGGCUCUCAAAUAAAUGCAGCCAGUGAAGAUCAAAGUUCAGAUUAGUACAUAAACAAUAUGGAAAAAGGGAAAUGCCAUCCGAUGAUAAUCUUUUGUACAAAUUGAGAGUUAUGUUAUUUAGUAAUACUCGAUAUGAUUAUAUGAUCUUCGUUUAUUUCUUAACAAGCUAUCAAAAUCUCAAUACAUUACAUCAACUUCACUCAUUUCCUUGUUCAUCUUAUCGGAUUCUCCAAAACGAGGCAGUGGGCCCGCAUUCCUAUCCAAAUACCGCAAAAGCGCCACCGUGAAAACCGAGCACACAAACAUUGGGAUCGGCCCAAAAAUCCAGAGCAACAAAUUGGCCGCAAAAUAAAGCGACCUCAAACCGAUAACCCAAAAGGUACUUCCUUUAAUAACCGAGCUCUCGACAUUUUUCACAGGCAUCUUGCAAUUCGGCAUGCUUAUGAGGAAAUUUGCGUGGACAAAACACCUCGCUGUCUGAACGAAACAUGCGAAAGCUAUCAUGAAGCACGCGAGUAGUGAUAUAUACUUGAUGUAAGUAACUGUGGGACUCAUAUUUCCGUAUAUUGACCUGUUUAAGUAGGUGUUUUGGUAUGAGCUCCCGAUCAAUGCCCCGAUUAUGGAGCUCAGUGUAAGGGAGAUUGAGGCGAGUGAUGUGGCGGCCGAUAUAUUGCUGCCUAUUACGGUUAUUGCUUGGCCUCUCUCCUUGGGCUCGAUCUGCAAGAUUCUUGCUACCCAAAUCCUCCGGCUGUAGUUUUCAUAGCCGAUGACUGUGGUCUCGGGGCAGUUAAGACAUUUGUGAAGAUGAAAAAGAUGAUAGCCAAACAUGAUUAGCAGACCACUUGGGACUAAGACAAGAUCUAAGUGUUCUUCUUUCCAUCCUAACACCAUUUCUUGUUCUUCUUGUUCUUCUUCUUCUUCUUCUCCUUAGUUUGAGAAUAAUUGCUUUGUUCCCUUGUUUACUUUUCUCCAGUUUUUGCAGUGGUUUAGGAAUAUUUAUG